CGCUUUGCAAGAAGAUGCUUAAUGUUGCUGCUUUGUAUGGUAGACUUUGGCAGUUGUAAAGAAGAAGCCGACAUAGACAGGACAGAAAUUGCCAACGGUACAGCCAUUCUAAAUGAGCGUCUUAGAGAACGAAAUUAUGAUACAAACGCCAGGCCUGGCGCAGGAGAAGGCAAGCCCGUUAAAGUGUGGCUCAGUAUGGCUAUUCAAUCUUUUACAAAUAUAAAGGAAUCAAAUAUGGAAUUCACUACAUCAAUGUUUUUGCGUCAAGAAUGGAUUGACAUAAGAUUAGCACAUGGUCUGGAUGGAACAUUACCCGUGAAAGGUAAAGACUUGCAGAAAAUAUGGCGUCCAGACACGUAUUUCACUAAUAACAACGACUACAAGUUAUAUGAGGACAAUCAACUCGCUCUGAUAUCAAAAUUUGGUUAUGUCUACUACAGUGCAAGGUUAUUUGUUGUUGCAUCGUGUCGCAUGUAUUUGCAAAAGUUUCCAACGGAUGUACAGAAAUGCAGUCUAAUUCUCGAAAGCUUUGCAUAUACCAGAGAGAUGGUGGAAUACAGAUGGAAAAAAUACGACCCAGUGAACAUCCUCAAUAUGGAGCUAGCUGAGUUCGAUUUGACAAAGACAGAGUACAGCAUUAAGGAUGUAGAAUACGUAGCAGGUAAAUACCGUGACAUGAUCGUAACUUUCACAUUCAGCCGGCGUAUCGGUUACUACCUCAUUAACUUCUAUGUACCGUGCAUCAUUAUGGUCAUCAUGAGCUGGAUCGUGUUCUGGAUGGACCGAGACUGCAUCGGCGACCGAAUAGCGCUCGGCAUUACGACCGUGCUCACGAUCGUGUUUUUACUCGGCUCUAGUAACAGCACCAUGCCUCGAGUCAGCUACCCGAAGGCUAUCGACUGGUAUCUGAUGACUUCGUUCAUCUUCGUGUUCACGACGCUGAUCAUGUGUCUGUUGAUUUUCCGAUUUGAUCGACAGCUCGGCAAACAACUGCGUCCUCCGAGGUCGGUCAGCGGAGAGCCGCCUGCUGAGGCAACUUCAAUGCAGUUACCCGAGGAGCCGGAGAUUCGUAGCCGCGUUUCCUACUACGUGGCAGAUUCCCAGGGAGCCGUGUAUCCCAUAGUUCGUAGCGUGUCCGGUCUCAAAAAAAGAAGUAUCCUGAAGCCGCGCUUUCCCAAGAAGCUUUGCGGGCUACCAGUACAAGUCACAAAGGAAAACUUGGGAAUGGUGAUAAACAAUUUUUGCAGAAUUCUGUUUCCUUCAGCGUUUAUGUUGUUUAAUCUUGUGUACUGGGUGGUUAUAGCCAAUUAGGAUUUGUCAACGGCAACUGCAGAUCUUUAGAAAGAAAUACAUGAUAGUAGAUGUCAAGUUUGGAAGAACUAUGAGGACAUUAAUCAAUCACUCAGUGAUACAAGAUAGUGGCCGGAAGAAUAUUCCAUUUUCUCCAACAGGAAUGGAGGCUAUAGCCUUCCACACAGUCGGUGAUUGGUUUAAAAUCGUGUUGCUAUAACUCGAUAGAAACAC